GGCUCUAUGCCCGGUGCUUCGGCUCGUCGGCGCCGGGAUGAGCCCCUGGCAGCAGUGCGAGCCCGUUCCCAACGCCACCGAGCCUGGCGCCGUGGGGCAGCGAGGCAGCGGGAUGGGGCGGGCGGCUGAGGGCUGCGGCACCGUGUCCGUGGCCAUCCCGCUGACUAUGAUGAUCACGGGCAUGGUGGGCAAUGCCCUGGCCAUGCUGCUCGUGUCCCGCAGCUACCGCGCCAAGGGCAGCCGCAGGAAGAGAUCGUUCCUGCUGUGCAUCGGCUCCCUGGCUCUUACCGACAUGCUGGGCCAGCUGCUCACCAGCCCCAUCGUCAUCUCCGUCUACCUGGCCAACCGCACCUGGGAGGCCGUGGACCCCUCGGGGCACCUCUGCGUCUUCUUCGGCUUCAGCAUGACGGUGUUCGGGCUCUGCCCGCUGCUCAUCGCCAGCGCCAUGGCCGUGGAGCGGGCACUGGCCAUCCGGGCGCCGCACUGGUACGCCAGCCACAUGAACCCGCGGCUCACCAAGGGCGGCCUGCUCGCCAUCUGGGCUGCUGUGGUUGCUUUUGCCCUGCUGCCCGUGGCCGGGCUCGGACAGUACACGCUGCAGUGGCCCGGCACAUGGUGCUUCAUCAGCACCGGCGAUGGCCGCCCCGGUGGCAGCACCGUCUUCGCCGCCACCUUCGCCGUGCUGGGGCUGCUGUCCCUCGUGGUGACCGUGGCCUGUAACCUGGCCACCAUCGAGGCACUGGUGUCCCGCUGCCGCACCAAGGCCACCGAGGCGCACUCCAGCAAGCAGUGGGGACGGAUCACCAUGGAGACGCUGAUCCAGCUCCUUGGCAUCAUGUGUGUCCUCUCGGCCUGCUGGUCACCGCUGCUGAUCACAAUGCUGAAGAUGAUCUGGGGCCGCACCUUUGAGCACUGCAAGGGCGUCCCCGGGGAGGCCCCGGGCUCUGAACUGCACCGCGAAUGCAAUUUCUUCCUGACGGCUGUACGCCUGGCCUCACUCAACCAGAUCCUGGACCCCUGGGUGUACCUGCUACUCAGGAAGAUCCUCCUCCAGAAGUUCUGCCAGGCGGCCAAUGCUGUGUCCAAGUGCUCCAACACCGAGUGCAAGGAGAGGUCAAUCACCUUGUCGGAGGAGAUCCGACGGACAACAGCCUGAGAGAGCUCUUGGGAACUGUUGUUCCAGUGGGUACUUGGAAACCUUACUGUGAAUCGGGGCGUCUGUUCCAUGUUCUCAUCCCCUGAAUGGCUGAAAUUGGUGUUACUGGUGGACUUCAGUGCCAAAUUAUUUAUCCAGUGUGCCAAAACUGCUCAGACACAGCAGGACAGCCUGUCCUUAUUGCCGCUCACAACUGAGCUGCAUAACAUGGUGUUUUGUGUGCCUAAAACAGAGCCUGAAGGGAAUUUUCUGUUAUUAAGGUAGAAAAAAUGUAUUUUCUGUCAGAGAACAGAUUCAACAGAUGGAAUUACUGAAGGGACACACUCCUGUGUAUAUUUUAAUACUGAAAUUAUCUACUUCAGAGAGUACUUCUUCCUCCUUUUUUUCUGGAGGGACAAGGGGAAAAAGGCAAAAAACAUGGGAAAUAAAGGAAAACAAAAUUAGGAGACUUGAUUGUAUUUCAGUGGCUUAGAACUGAGCAGGUUGUGUUAUGCCAGUGAUGGUACAUCCAUCUCUUCCGAGAACUGAAGGUAACACGAGUCUUCUGACACAUGGAUUCGUCCUGAUAAAUACUCACUCAUGUGGAACCUGAAGGGAGCUCAUCUGCUGAGGAGGAUGUAGGGAGAAAUCCAUGACUUUUUUUUUAUUAGCAGCCUGUGGAAUACCCAGGGCCAGUGGGAAUUGCUGUUUGCACAGCACACUGUAAAGCUGCUGGAAGCAGAUGGGAGAGGGUGAUAAACAGCCUGUAAAAACAGUCCAUGCCCUUCUCCCAGUAGAUUAAUGGCAAAGGUUCACAGAGCCAAAACCACUGUUUCCAUAUGAGCUGCUUUAUUGGGAAAUGCACAUGGCCAGGAGUAAAAUGAGCAGCAAAUGGUUUGUAAGUAACAGGGAUGCCGCUGAAAAGCUCCUUCAUUCCUGAAAUGUACUUCAAAGGGGCCAAACCAGCACCUCAAAUGGUUUAUUUCUUCUUUCCCCCAAAGAGAUAAAUUGGAGAGCUGUGGCAGCUUUGGGAAUUUUUUAACACAAGCACACUAGGAGUGUGUGAAUUAGUCAGGUCUGUCCCCGAAGUAACUUUUCAGGUUUUAUUUAAAAACUCAGCUCUAAUCCAUUUGGGGUCACAUCUGAUGCUUAUUUUUAAAUAAGCUAGAUUUUUAACUCAUUUUCUUGACCCUUUUGUAGCUUACAGUCUCUAAUGUCUCCUCUCUCCUGGCCUUUGGAUGAUAUUAAAUGCAAAUACAAUAAAAUAUGUUAUAUCAUGUGCCAGGUACUAUGGAAUUCAGGGGCCUUCCAGGCAAAUGUAGUCCUGCAUCUGGGAGGAUUUCUUGCACAGAAACUUUUUUACUUUUCCUCCUUUGUUUAGAAAUGCAACUCCUCAAAAAAGAAUCCGUCCACUCACUUUUGUUCUGCUGCCACGUGGUCUGAUUCCUGUCCAGACAAAUCUCGUUUUAUCCAGGUGACAUCUGAGUGCAGCUAAAAGCUAAGGGCUAGCUUUAAUUUAAGAACCAGCGUAAACUGAAUGGAAUAAAUGCCUUUUUCAGUAUGAGUUGACCCACAGGACCCUGCUCUGUGCUGAGCUACUCCUGAGUGUAACAACUACAGAUACCUGCACCUUGGUUGGUGCUUUGGGGAACGUGGUGGAUAAAAUUCUCCUUGAAGAAGUGCCUCUUCAGAGCCUUUGGGGUUUUAAUUAUUUGGGACUGUAAAAAGCCUGCUCUGUGCAGAGGAUCUGUAUUGUUCCCUCUGUGUACAUUAGCUUUGGGAAAGAAAUAAACAUAACCGGUCACUUGGGAGGUAUGUCGGGAUGACCUCAACUGCCUGGAUCAGGCUGGGCUGGCUCCAAGCAGCAGCGCUUCCAGAGCGUACAGAUUAUCUGGGAUCACGUGUGGGAUACAGAGGGACAAGUGCUGCAAGGAUGAGGGAAUCCAUCCCCAUUUCUCAGCUCCUUUUAAGAGCAGGAGGUGUUGUGUCUCCUGAACACCGCUGAUCCCGUAUGGGGCACUGGGAGAGCAGCUCUAAUGUGACAUUGAGAAGGGCCCUCCACCAGUUUUACAGCUGCUGGUUUCGAAAGUCAGGGGUGGUUUCACUUCAGGUCACUUAAAAUUACACUUUUUUUAGUAAAAUAUUCACAAUACAUUUGGAAAAAGGCCUUUGUGUCCAUCUGUGGGUUCAGUAAUAUGAAGAAGCUACUUUAAAUAUCAAAAUGGGAAGAAAUGUCUGCUUUCCAUUCGUUUACAGAGGGGGAGGAGUGGGAGCACUUUUCUACAGCCACAGCUGCCUGAUGGGAUGUGGCAGGAGAAAUGCACUUUCAAAAAUGGAUUUGAAGAGCCAGAUUGUAAGUGGAAGCUUUUAUUCCCAUAUGCUUGGAGUGGGAAGGUGUUUGUGUCACAUUUCUCUAGCGAUGCCUUUCCCACCUGGUCUCAAUGUGUUGUACCUCUGUCAAAGGUGUUAUGGGACCUGGAGGGCACGGAAAAGCCACUUGGAGGUCAUGGUUUGUCUUCAACCCACUUGUUUGUGUACCAAAUCCAUGUGUGUUGUAUCAGUCAGAAUAAAAAAUCUGA